AUGUCUGCCUCCGGAAACAACACUGUCCAGGGCGAUAAUACCACCCUUGAUAACUUUGACUUUGACGAGGCCUUGAAGCUAGCAAAAGAGCAGGAGGAGAAGAAGAACGCUGGCUUGUCGGAGAAAGAGAUCGAGCAACGUAACGACAAGGAGCGUAAAGAGGCGGCGAAGGCUGCUAGAGAGAAGCAAGCCAUCGCAGAUAUCGAGUGCUAUAAGGAGGUACUGCGUAUCGCUAUGAUUAAGCAGACAAGAGUCGCCGCCGCCGCCGCUGUCGGAAGAUCUAAGAAAGUUGGUGAGAGGGUUAAGCCGAAGGCUGUUGCCAAUUCCAAGCCGAAGAAGGGAGAGAGCAAGAAGGCUGAUGGCGUCAUGCCAUGGAGAAAGGGGGAGGCUGCUGUCUGGGAAGACGAAGAAAAGCGACUCAAGAUGAAAGAGGAAGCCAAAAACCUGAAGGAUUUUGAGAUGGGAGACAACGACCAUUCCUCAACUGCCAUAGAGCAAGCAGGUGCAGCUACUUCAUCACCAGCUGAGAGUGUUGCGUUGGCCAGAGAGGCGGCAAAACGCAAGGCUGCGGAAGGAACGAGAAAGAGAAGCAGAGAUGAGGAUGAGGAAGAGGAUUCGGUCGAGAAGAGAUGCAGAUUCGUGGUUGAGGACGUGCCAUCGCGCACAACAAGACGACCUCUCAGAGAUCGCAAAGGAAAGCUCAUUGACUAUGCCAAGAGAGAUCAAGAUGAGCUUAAAAGACGUAUGGCUGCUGCUUCUGUUUCGGGACGAACAGCAAGCAAAGAUACCACAAUGGAGGACUCCUCUGAGGACAACAGAGAUGCUCCGGCAUCACCAGACUCGGAGUCCUCUACAUCGUCUCAAUUCUCCGCUUCAACUUCCUCGACAUCCUCUUCCUCGACAUCCUCAUCCUCAUCUUCCGCAUCAUCCCAGUCCUCAGCACCCCCAAUUGUAUUUGCCAACCAACAAGAGAAGAGCAAUGCGAUUCAGGAUCUUAUAAAUUCCGUCCAAGCAUCACCACCACCACCACCACCGAUUAGCUUGCAAACAAUGCUUGACUCUCUACCAGAUAUCCCAACUGCACCAAGAACACCGUACCAACUUCCACAAAUGCCAACAACCACACUUCCACCACUUAAGCACAAGUGGAAGUUUUUCGAAGAUAAGAAUCGUCCAUCCAAAUGGUGGCGCAAAUUCAAGGACGAGAAGUACAAGCCAAUGCCGUCCAACAAGGAAUCUGUGUAUACACGACGACCAGUCAAGCAAGCCCCGCCAGCUUGUAAGUUGUUUGCACAGAACUCUGCUGUGGCUUUGAAGGCUGUCAGGGAGCAGGCUGGAUCCGGUUGUUCUAGCUUCGAGUUUGCUCACGUGUAUAACCAGCACUGUGAGCUUCUUGAUGCUAUCAAGGAGGAGAGAGAGAAGGGCGGGAUGGAGUGGGUGUAUCUUGAAGAACUCCCCCUGUUUGAGAAGGAGUUUGUCUGGACGCCAGCACAGAAUGCUGAGACAUUCAAGUGGACUCCACCAAAGAGUACUGGGCCAUUCAACUUCGAAAUCGUCAAGAGACGCGCUGCGCCGUCGAUCUACCAACUUCUCGAAAAAGUAAACGAAAUUAUACCCAUCGAAUCAGGCGAUUGGGGAUUGGAGGAUUAUGCUGUCGAAUUGAAGGGCAGCAAUGGUAUCAACUUCGAAUGCUUGCAUUUCCAAAAGGUCUUGCAGGUGUUUAAAGAAGAUGAUGAAGUAAUUAUUCGACCGCUUCUCACUGAGGAUUUGAAAGUACGCAGAGUUUCUGGAAGACAUCAGAUCUCUGAAGAUGGCAAACGCUUGUAUGAUGGCCUUGCAUUCGGAAGACCUUUAUUACGAAUUCUUUCUGGGCGACCAGAGAUAAAUAUUCCUCCGCGAAAACGAGCUCGGUUGAUGAUACCGGACGUCGAAGAUGAAGACGACGAUUAUGAUGAGGAGUCGCUGCUAGCACUCGAAGAUGAGGAAGAUGAUACACCUGAGAAUGAAGAACGCCAAUUGGUACUUCAUGCCGACUUUGAUGAUGACGAGGAACGUGCAGGUGACAAAGAUGAAACUGCCGACUCCGAGGAAGAUUCAGAAGCCUCAUCUUCCGAGGAUGAUGAAGAGCUACUUUAUGAUGAUGAGGAUAUUGAAGAUGAACUGGAAGGACUCCUGAGCGAUGCUGGUAAGGAUACCGACGCUCUGCAAACGGCCUCUCCUAGCCAUAAAACGCAACGUGCGCACUCUGAGUCUGGAGCUGAAGGCAGCGUCGUUCACGCGGAUGACGAUGCCGAAGCACUAGUCGGGGUCCCUGAUGAAGAUGAUCGAGACAAGAUCCGUAAGUUGCAUGCGGCUUUUCCUGAGUCAGCUCUGGGUGUUUGCAAGCAUGUAUUCCAGGGUGCGGAGGGUGAUUUGGAGAUGUCUUGGGCCGCAUUGUCAAAGGCAUUCAAGCCUGCUGUGUCCAGAUGGGACCUUACUAAGACCUGGAAAGCUCAGCCCAAGGAGUCUACCACCAAAAAGAAGUCGAAACCGACUACUUCAAACGCUCAACCUUCUCCAGAUGCAACCCAACCAAGAUCACGAAAAAGGUCUGCAUCGGUCAUAGAUGAAGAGAGUGAUUCCGCGGAAUCAAUACCACCACCUGAGUUCAGCCGAUUCGAUCAACAAGGUCUACCGCCUGGAUCUAUACAAUCUGGGAAAGCUUUAUCAUUCAUGGCAGAGGUGGUACAAAGCUCACCGGCGUGGGGUCAUCAUGCCUCACAAGAAGAUGGUUCUUUCAAAUCUAACAAGAUUGUCUUCGACGAUGGCGAUGACACUUUCCCCCAGGUUCUUACAUCAACCCCUUUGAUCGACCAAUCAGCGAUUGAAGAAGAUGACAGCUCAAGUGAUGGCUCCAGUGUCGACUCAAGCGACUCAAGUGACGAGUCGGACGAAGACGAAGUCAAAGAUGGCAACUUCAAACUUUUGUCUGCCGAAGACAAUACUUCUAGCAGUAGUGGGAGCGACUCAGAUUCUUCUGAGGACAGUGACUCUUCCGAAGAUUUUGACGAAGAAGAGGUACAGAAGUCACUAAAUCCUGACGAAAUUGAACUCGCCAAUAUCGGAGUCGUAGCCAGGAAAGUUUCCGAUGCGUCCUCAUCAAGCUCUGAUAGCGAUAGUAGUUCAUCAGACGACUCGAGCGAUUCCAGUGAUGACGACGCGCCAGAGGAGGCCACCAGUAAACUUCAGCCCAAAACUAUAAUUGACGACGCCGCCCCUCACAAGGGGAAGUCUGCGACACAUCAGCGAAAUGCACGGAGAAGAAAGUCAAAUAUCUUUCAAAGAUACCUUAAAAAGGGCAUUCUUCCUGCAGGCACGACAUGGGAGCAAUUUCGAAAGAUGGGUUCUGAGCCCACAUCAAAACCCGAAGAAACGGGUACAUCAUCUUCAUCGGCCCCCAUAGAAAGCUCUGCGUCUGUGAAGAAGUCUGAAAUGACGGAUGAGUUUGAAGCCAGACGACAGAAGCUUCUUGCUGAUAUAUAUUCUGGUGGCAUUGAUGUCGGGCCCCCAAUACAGACUCAAGAGCACACCACGUCUUCAAGCCGGACUGCUACUCAAGGUCAAAAAUCCGCAUCACCACCAAGUUCACAAGCAAUUCCACCUUGGCGGAAACCUUUACCUGAUGUCGAGGUUAUUAACGAGCGACCUGUAAUAGCACCGGAAGCAGAAUCUGAAACAGGUCAGCCUAUUGAGAUAGCACCGGCUUCUGUAGACUCUAGUCAACCCGCAGUGGCGCCUCGAAAAUCUCGCCUUGAUCUUGGGGCAGCCAAGAGAAUGCUAUUUGGCAAUCUUGGAUUCAAAGCCCCAAAAACGAAACAGGAUGAGGAUAAAGUCCGCAACACCUUGAUGAAGGAUAUCAGGCCAUUGAAGGCUGCCACACAAGCUGAUAAGCCACCGGCUGAAAGCAAUGAGAUCGAAGAUCUGGAUUCAUGGAGAGACAAGAUCAACUACUCUGCUCGAGAGUGCGUUGAUGAUGAUGUUCAAUUGAGCGAGCCACCAUUUCCAUUUGUGCAACGCUGGGAUCCACAGCAGCAAUACACAGGAGCAGGAAGUAAACGUCGCCACGGUCAUCAAAGAAACGAUUCUCAAUACUAUCAGGAAAAGCCUUCUAACUCAAAGCGUCGAAAAGGCAACCGCGAACACCGCUUAACCCCAGUAGAAGACACAAUUCAGAACGAGGACUCAAUACAACUGGCCGCCGAAAUCGAAGGGGAGGUCAGCCAUCAGCUUCUCGAUGAACAGAAUUCAGCAGAACCCACAAAUCCACCAGAUGAUCUUGUUGAGUUGCCUCAGGAUAUUGCAUCUCUGCCAGACCUCAAAGACGGUAUUGCUAAGCCAGGAAUGAUUAUCGCUUUCAAGCAACUAGAACUGUCCGAAGCAACCAAAUGGCAGCCGCAAGAGUCCGGUUAUAAGACUGCUAUUGUCAUCGAGGUGUUUGAUGAUGCUUCCAUUGAUAUGACACUUGCCAAGAGGGAUCGGAUCAAUUCGGAGAAACGAUACAAUGAAGAUGGCGAGCGAAUUUAUGCAAAAUUCGAGAUGCCCGACGAAGAUGAAGAUGAUGAGGAAGACGAUGGCAAAUUAUGUCUCUCUUUCGGCGAACUCUUUGGCCCGAAGAUCGUUGCAGAUGUUUCGAACGACGAACAAGAUGUUUCGAUGGAUGACAUCUCUCAAUUAAAGGAAGGACCAAGUGUCGAUGGCGCCAGCGCAGUGAGUCAAUGGCUGGGCCAGGAUCAAGAGCCUGAAACCCAAUUCUCUCAUGUGACAGAGACCGUCCUUGAUUCUGAUGCACCCGAGCUAACGCCGUUGGAAGAGGCGCAAGUGGAAGUCACAAUUGAGACCCAGCAGAGUCCAAACGAGUCAAUGGAGCCACCAAGAGAUUCCGCUGCAGCGAUACCGUCACAAGACGGGCAAGACGAUACCGAGACAACGAAAUUGAACGAUUCGGAGCAUCAAGUUCAAGACAAAAUGGAUGUGGAUAUGGCAAAUAAUCAGCAGCAGCCCCAAUCAACAGACUCGCUUGAUCAAGGGAAUUCUGGUGUUGAUGUGGCGCUUCUUAACCGUGAACCGGGAAAACUUUCUGCGAAUACCGUCACGAAUAACGAAGAGCUCCCUGAAUCGGAGAAUCAAACCUCACAACCACUUGAUUCCGAUUUGAUCAACGCUCAAAUUUCUGAGGAGACCGCUGACUCUCUGCCACAUGCGCAGAUUGAGGCAAACGUCACCGAGAGCGAGUCUACUGCUUUUCAAUCAGCUUCUAACGGAACUUCGCAAGGCAUAAACACAGUUGCGAACCAUACGGAAAUGGCCGAGUCGGUUCCUCAAACUCAAGAAAAGGAAACACAGGACCCUGUUGAGGACUCUAUCGAGAACAAAGAGGAUAUAUCUCUCAUGUUCAAAGAAGCAGGAUGGUCAAAAGAUGUGCCGGAGUCGAUCUUGAACGACUUGUAUCAUAAUGGCAUGACAAGUCCCGAUGCCGCUGUUUUUGAAAAGCUAAGGCAGGACAUGACGGAGAUCAACGAGACUCGUCCAUAUUCUCCAGAAUUCGCAGGAUUUGGAAGUUCCCCUCCCCGAAACAAUCAACCAUCAUCUAAAUCUCCCGUGAGAUCAAACUCUGAAGCCAGACGAUCUCCAAACGCAGGAGGCCCACGCACCUCAGAGCCACCGCGGUCGAGUUGGCAUACUGUGGAAGAAGAUGACGACGAUGCAUGGGAGGACGAUGAGGAAGUCAUUGAGGCCAGCGAUGUGAGCGAUGCUCAGUCUGAGUCUAGUGAUGACAGUGAUGUCGAGCUUUCCUCUAAUCCAGUCGAGGAGCAUGGAAAUACACCAGAUCCUACCGAGGGUCGUGCCUUGUCUCCAGAAGAGGGUCAGAAAUCACCAGACGUGGGCAAGCUUGAAGACAGCGUUCCUGGUUCUCCGAAAGCAAGCGAAGCCAAAGGACUGAACGGAUCAUCAAAGGCGAUUCACAAGGUACUUCCAAAGUCGCCGUCACCACCACCAGCUGUUUCAAAAGCAAGUCCCACAAAGCUACCAAUAAAGCGAAAGUCAAAGAAGCUGCCUCGCGUUUCGGAAUUUUCAAACGCAGAACACAUAUGGUCAGCUAUGAAGCAGGGUCCGCAGAAAGGCAUGGGUGAGCUUGACAAUCAAGCUGAGACUUUGAAGGCAACGAAUCUAGACGGCACAAAUGAUGGAGAACCCAAUUCUAUCGAGCAGCCCAAGGUUUCAGUCCAUUCGUCUUUCACAAGCCAAGUCACAGAUUAUGGUCGUCAGCCAGACUUUAGUUUUGACGAUAGCGCGAUGUUGAAUACAGAGUUUGCCACAUUACCGGAACUCGCGGAAGAAGAGGAGAGAAUCGUCGUCAAAAAGGAACCAACUUUUGGCAAGACAUCGACCAAGGCAGCGGUGCAACAGAAGCAAUCUUCACCGACCAGCAAAAUCUUUCAAAAACUGACAAAGCACACACCAGCCAGAGAUUUCUCCGAAGAUUCCGAUUCCAAUCUUCCUCAUCCACGUGAAAUCGCAUCUCAACCUCUACCAAAGCGCGAAAAGGUCUCACCAUUUAGACGUGGUGUUUCCAACCUAGGAACAAAGCAUCUCGAUAACAAGCGUGCCCAGUCUCAAGACUCAACUGAGUCCGCAUCAAAAUCAUCACGCAACCAAAAAGCUAAAUCAUCCAGCCAGCGCGCAGAGAACAGCAGACCACCGUUCCGCUCCUCCCAACCUCAAGCCUCGCAGUCGCAACGUCAACCCUACAUUCCACCCGCAGGUACACAAAUCACUGAUCUCACUAUCUCGAGCAGCGUCGAACCGGACAGUCCACCAAGUAAACGCACGACUCCCAAACGCAAGAGGACAUACCAUAUUGGCUCGGAUGAUAGUGCGGAGUGGGAGGGGAGAGUUGGGAAGGCUCCGAGUGAAGCUAGGGAGACGAGACGCGGUGGGAGCGUCGGGCUGAGGAAUAGUUCGCAGACGGUUCUGAAUCAGAAUCGGAAGAAGAGUACAUCGAAGUGA